UAUUAUCUGUGGUGACUAGUGGUGAGGAAAAUUGCACACUGUCUGUCUGCCGCGCGUGCUUGUCGCGUUUUGGAAUCAAUUUUGAUAGUUCUAAAUUUCAGAUGACCUGUGACAAAAAUAGUGUAGUGAAAAUGAUACUACUAAUUCGGUAAAACAUAGCCGUAACCCCACAUUUGACCCUAAUCAGUGAAUUAUUUCGUGUUAAGUGUCAGUAUUGAGAGUGUAUUAUGAACUUUGAGGACUAUGAAUCCCUUCCGACCCAGAAUUCCAUCGUCCACAUGACGGCCGGCGCGAUCGCGGGCGUGAUGGAGCACUGCAUCAUGUACCCGCUGGACUCCGUCAAGACGCGCAUGCAGUCGCUGCGGUCGGCGCACAACAGCACCAUCUCGGAGACCUUCCGCUACAUGGUGAAGCGCGAGGGACUGCUCAGGCCGGUGCGCGGCAUGGGCGCGGUGGUGGCGGGCGCGGGCCCGGCGCACGCGUGCUUCUUCGCCACCUACGAGCACAGCAAGUACACGCUCGGCCAGCUCACGAGGCACAGGCACGACCACCUCACACACGGUCUGUCGGGCUGCCUCGCGUCGCUGGUGCACGACGCCGUCUCCAACCCCGCUGAAGUGGUGAAGCAGCGGCUGCAGAUGCUGAACUCGCCGUACCGCGGCGUGUGGGAGUGCGCGCGCCACGUGUACCGCGCGGAGGGCGCGCGCGCCUUCUACCGCUCGUACUCGACGCAGGUGGCCAUGAACGUGCCGUUCCAGGCCGUGCACUUCGUGACGUACGAGUGGGUGACGGCGCGCGUCAACCCGGCGCGGACGUACGACCCGCGGGCGCACGCGCUGGCCGGCGCCGCGGCCGGCGCGCUGGCCGCCGCCGCCACCACGCCGCUCGACGUGUGCAAGACCGUGCUCAACACGCAGGAGGGCCGCGCCGACGGGCUGGUCGGCGCCGCGGCCGCCGUGCUGCGCGGCGUCGGCCCGCGGGGCUUCCUGCGCGGCCUGCGCGCCCGCGUGCUGUACCAGAUGCCGGCCGCCGCCAUCUGCUGGCUCACCUACGAGACGCUCAAGCACGCGCUGCACACGGUGGAGGCGCGCGACGAGUCCAGCGGCAGCGGCGGCGCGGGGUCGGCGGCGGGCGGCGCGGGGUCGGCGGCGGGCGGCGUGGCGCCUCCGCUGGCCGCCGCCGUGGCGCCGCCGCUGGCCGCCGCCGCGCUGCGCCUGGCCGCCGACACCUCGCUCACGCGCACGUAGGCCGCCCCCACCACCCCGCACCGGCUCUGAUUUCGAUUAUUUGUUGUUUUACGUUGCCGCUGCGAGAUAACGAAUUUGACGGGCUCCCGUGUCCCGGUUGGCAGUAUUUAUAAAAUACUUGGAGUCGAGCGAUUGUGAUCGAGUGAGAGCCGCGCGGCCGAGCCGUGCGAGCGAGACGGCGAGAGUGAGAGGAGCGAGUGUGGCGCUCGCGGGCCGCGAUAUAGCGCCAGUGGAACUGUCGCGCGCGAUAUGAUCGCCGCCGGCCCCCGCCUGUGAUACGAGUGCUGUUACUGUAGCGAGUGCUACGCCAUGUUCUGUUAUUGUCGCUUUUAUGUUCUCUGUUAAGUGUAAUUACCUUUUGGAAAAUUUUGUCCAAAACUAAAACAAAUAUACCUAAAUGGAAUCGACGAAAGUGUAUAAUAUGUUUCAGUUAUAAAGAGAUGUAAAAGUUAUAAAGUGACAAGCGAAGCGAUGUACUGUAUAUUUUCAUAUGGUAGUGUAAAUUGUUGUGCAGCAGUGUACAUAGGGAGCGGCGAGCGUCGCGGCUGCCGCUCGGCACCCGGCCUGGUGACGCGCGGCAGCCGCGUCGUCCGCCAGAGUUAUUAUUGUUUGUACAUUAUUUUACUAUUGUAUUUGUUAUAUUUAUGAGUCUUAUUGUAUAGAGCGAGCUGAAGCUCGAUUUAAAUUAGGAAUUUUAACGUUACGUAUCGUAUAAGGUGCGAUAGUGAACGACGCGUCGCAAUGCGGCGCGCUAAAGAAAUUGAAAAAUGUGCAAAUCGAAAAAUAGUAAUAAAACGGUUGGACAAUA